AAAUUCACACCACCUAAUUCCGUCACUUCCCCUAAAAGCUAACCAGAGCUCAAUCGGAGAUAGAGAAAAACAAAAUGAGUGAAGAAGCGAAAAAGAGCAUUGCCGGACCUCUAACGGUGAGGCCCAACACCGAUGACCGGAAACCGUCAUCGUUACCGGCCGUCCCUCUGAAGAAGGUCAUCAUCAAGAGCGCCGACAUGAUUCCCGACAUGCAGAAGGAGGCCGUUGAUAUCGCUGUUGCCGCCUUUGAGAAGUACAAUGUAGAGAAAGAUGUUGCGGAGCAGGUAAAGAAGGAGUUCGAUAAGAGGCACGGCCCCACUUGGCAUUGCAUCGUUGGUCGUAAUUUUGGCUCAUAUGUGACUCAUGAAACAAACCACUUUGUUUAUUUCUAUUUGGAUCAGAAAGCGGUUUUACUUUUUAAGUCUGGAUAGUCCAAUUGUGGUGGCAAAGAAUAUGACAGCAAUGAGAUUUGUCUUGUGAUUAUGCUGAUGUAUUCAGUCCUCCAUGUAUCAUUGUGCUUGUAUAUUUGAUGUCAUGUAAACUAGUUCUCGGUUUGGAUAUGAACUUAAGGAUCACUUCAUUUUGAGAUUAGUGUUCUUUUCUUCUCAGGAAAUUUUUAAGAAGAAAAUAUUAAUUAGAGAAAAGAUUUCUGAUGCAUGUAAUAAUAUUUUCGGAGAUAUUGUUUCA